AUGUCUUAUGCGUACUACGACCGGCUGAUAGCCGCUUUCGCAGCCGACAAUGGCACCCUUCAGUGGUCGAGCCUGACGCACUCGACCAUCGGCAUGAUCCAGUACGUCUACUACAUCUACCUUAGCCACGUCGACGGCCUAGGCCCGCUGCCGCUCUGGAUACACCUCUUCCACCUCGCCCACGACGGCAUCUGGGCCUACAUCAUGUUCCAGGAGGCGCCCCGGUACGACUACCAUCCGUACUUUACGUCCAUGGCAAAGGGACUCGUCGUCUGGAGCAUCUUGGAAGUGUACUGCAUCUACCGCGCCAUCGUCUACGAGCGAGAGGGACUCUUUAGCGACGACGACGACAACAACAACGGCAAGAUCAAAAAGAAGAACAAGAAGAAUAAGAAGGCCAAAACCAGCAAAAGACCCAGCAAGACGAUGGCGUGCAUGCACAGCUUCAUCAUCUUCUUCACCUUCUUCUGCCUCGUCCUGACCAUCAUCUACAUGGUCGGCAGGGAGUCCUUCCCGCACUGGACGCUGCUGGCCAAGAUACUCGCGUGCACCGGGGCGGGCGGCACGUGGAUGCAGCGGGGCACUCGGAGGGGCACGAGGAUGAGCCUGGCGCUCCUGUCCGUGUUCGACUCCAUAACGUGCUUCUGGCCCUACUCGAGAUGGGUGCUCGUCUGGCCCGAGGUGUUUGACAACCCGGCGUACUACCUCACCGGCGUCUGCUGUACGCUUUCGUCUCUGUUCAAUGUGUACGUCUUGACCCAGUUGCCAAAGGCUUGA